GGCCAGAAGAAGGCAAAGGUUUAUCUUGUUGUGGAUGCUGGUGGCUACCUGGGAGUGUCUGCCGUACUUCUGUACACCUGUCACAGGAACCACGGCAGCUCAGUGGACAUUGUACUCCGGUCUCAGUCUCUCUUGGAAUGAGGCUUCAAUGUUUUGCAAGUCUCUGGGGGGCCACUUGCCUGUCUUGAACUCACGGCUGAGAUUUAACGGUUUUGACGUAACUGUUACAAAAUGGCGCAAAGCAAACUUGGUGACAGGAUAUCUGGACUGGACUCUUCUCGAGAAAUCCCAAAGUGGCUGCCGAUGUCUGGGAGGCAAAGUGUCUGGCACACCCGGAUCGGCUGGUUUUGUGGGGAGCUAAUGAGCCUGAUAAC